AUGUCCUCUACGGGCCGUUCAUCUGUCUCCUCCAAUGCUUCUGCAUCCUCCAUCCCUGAACCCUCACCUCGCCAAGUCUCGUCAAUCUGCUAUCCCAAGGGCAAAUGGUACGACUGCCUUCGUCCAACUACCACACCAUACGCAGGAUUUGGCAACAUGACCAACUUCGCCAGCAUGUCUGGCAAGGAAUCUUCUGACGAGGCUGGAGAGAAUUGGACGAGGGAAGUGUAUGGCAAGAUGAAGUAA